AGAGGCCUAACCCUGAACAGACCCCGAGUUCCCGCAUCUGCAGCUCCCACACUCUUUGUCCCACUGAACAGAAACUGCAGCUUAAACCCAGAGAAAAAUCUUAUCUACAACAAGGUUAUAGGAUUUUGGCGGACAUGGCCUCUCUGAAAACUGUAUUUUAUCUGGGUGUCUGCUUGUCUUCUUGGAUUAUCACUACUGCAGAUGAAGACUCUGUGCCCAAAGCAGAGAAUGUGCGCUGGGUGUCUGUGGACUUUAAAACCACCCUCACAUGGACUACCACUCCGUCUAACUACACAUACACUGUCCUGUACUCUAUUGAUGACAGUGACUGGACUGAAAUUCCUGACUGCAUCAGAGUGUCAGAAUCAGAAUGUGAUCUGACCAACCACAUCAUGGCCCACGACAGGACCUACACUGCUGACAUUCAAACAGAACCUGCUGAAACGGACCAUUACUUUGACCAGGAGGAGCCCCCUCACACUUAUUCCUCAAACUUCAACCCCUAUAAAGAGAGUAAGAUCAGUGCUGUUAAGUUCCGUGUGGAGAUUGUAGAGGAGAGCAGUGUGACUGUGACCAUCACUGAUCCUGUGACCAGUAUCCAUGUACAACAGAAGCAACUCACAAUCAGAGAUAUUCUCAAAAAUGACCUCAAGUACAAGAUCAGCUACUACAAGUCUGGAAGCACAGGGAAGAGAGACAUCAUAUCUAACUCCAGUAUAGCAGAGGUGUCGGGGCUGGAUGCAGGACAGAGUUACUGCUUCAUGGUGGCAGCUUUCAUCCCCUCCAGACCCAAAAACUCCCAGCAGGGAGCCUGGAGCAUCCAGCAAUGUACACCUGGACAAGGGUUGAGUCUUGGAGCGUUGGUAGGUGGACUCUUCAUCCUGCUCAUAAUGCUCCUCAUCAUCGUCACCACGACCAUCCUUUGCUGCAGAUGCUGCCGACAAAGAAACAAAGCCCUCCAAACAUCUCAGUCAUCAUCUACAGUUGUUUAGUCUAUGACUGUGUGUGUGUGUGUGUGUGGGAGGGGGGUGGGGUCUUUCAAACACAAGGAGCUGGUCUUCCUUUAGUUGUCCUGUCUGGAAGACAUUAUUUUAGAUUUCUAUGCUCUACAGUAUCUUUACAGCAUAUUUUAGUCAAUAGUUUUUCUAUUUGAUAUUAUAUUUCACCGUAGAAGGGAACAUAUGUAGCUAGCUCUUACCAAUUAAGUAUAAUUCUGCUUAACAUGAAAUACCAGCUGCGUCUUCUAAGACCCUACCUGUGCAUUUUAGCCUGUGUGUUUGAAUGGGCUGCACAGACCCAUGCCAUACAUAAAGAGGUUGGAAGGUUUAGAACUUAGAACUGGAGUAGUUUUGUUAGAAGUUCACUAAGAACAUAUGAAAUGUAAUUUUGUCAACCCAGUAGAUUGUGCAAGGGCAGAUUAAAUGUUUAAAAUUCCCUCACACCUUUACUAACAAAUCCAUCUAACCCAGUUUGACCCUCAAACUGUUUUUUAACAUAUUUUUCUUAAAUAUAUUAUAUAUAUUAUUCCUCAAAGUUCUGUCACGACCACAACCAGUAACUACUAAGUAAAUAAAGCUCUUUAGUAACAUCUAGUGGCCACGCUUUGAAACUACAAUUACAUCUACAAACUCGUCUCUACAAAUCUAUAUUCAGCUAUAUUUUUAUCCUGAUGUGAUAUAACUCUUUAUGUUUGAUUAUUGUGUUGUAUUUUUUGUGUAAGAAAUAAACUUUUGUUGAUCAAAAUGAUUUAAAAGCAAUAAAAGACAAAAAUGAAACAUUUCAGCACCAGACCCUGUUAUUGUCUUCUUUGAGCAGUCACCAGUGAUGUGAUGUGAUGUAAUGCAAUGCUACAAAGUAAGAUCUUCAACCUGCUUCCUCACUCUUCAAAGUUUUUCUCCUCUGUGCUAUGACUGCAAAUGCAGUGAUCAAAACCUUGCCCUGUUUGCAAAACAGACAGUAAGGUUUCAUCUGUGGGUCUUCUGCUCAUAUUAUUCUCAAACUUGUUACAUAACAUCAGUACUCUAUCUUCUGCCAUAAUAUACACGUCUUUCCUUAGUGAAAGUGAGAUUUGUGUGGCAAUAUUGCAGUAGGUGUGAUGUGAUUGCAAAUCAAUGGUCUGAUGUAAAUGACAGGCAACAUAUUAAGUACACAAACUGCCUAAAACAUUUAGAUUGUCUUAUUUUCAGUUAUAAAUUAUUCAUCACUAAAUGUUUGGAGCUUUGAACUUGGGAACAUGAUUUGAUGCAGUGUGUGGAGAGGAAGUUUGUGGUUGUUUUUUUCAUUCUAAGGGGAAUAUUGGGUCUGUAUACAGUCUAUACCUGCUCUUUAUGA